CUGGUGAGUUGAAUGUUUCUUCAAUUAGAAAUUUUACUUUUUUUAAGUCAUCAUAUAAAAAGUUGUAAUUUUUUUAGUAUUUACGUUUAUUGCGAUUUUUUGCUAAACAUAGCCGCUAUGGAUAAGAAAGAUGGAAAUGAAGAUGAAAAAUUAAAAAUUGUGAAUAGAAAAAGGAAAUACAGUGUUUCCAAAAAGCUCAUUUGUUCAUCUGUACCUUACUUCGAGAAAAUGUUUUGCUGCGAUUUGUUGGAAUCUAAAAGAAGUAAAGUGGAACUAGAUUUUGAUGAACAUGUUUUCGAUUCAAUCCUCGAUUGGAUUCAUUCGGAAUCAUUCUUCAUGCGAAUGGAUUUCGUGAUUAGUUUUUACGAUGCUGCUGAUUAUUUGAUGAUAAAUGAACGUUUAUUAAAGCCGUGUCUCACUUAUUUCCAUGAAAAUUUCACCAUUGAACAUCUUCCAGUUGUCCUACCUCAAGUUACCAAAGUGUCUAAAAUCUUAAAUUCUGGAUCUCUUAACAAUAUAAUUUGUCGCCAUUUCUUGCUGAUCGCUAAUACGGAUAUUUUCUUGGAUUAUCCUGUCGAGACUGUUGAAGCUAUUCUCAAAUUGGAUCUGAUGAUUUACUCUGAAUAUCAAGUUUUUGAGUCAAUCAUGAAAUGGGUGGACAAAGAUGCAGACUGGAGAAAAUUUUUACUUCCACAGCUAUUAAACUGUGUCCGUUGGUCUUUAAUGAAUUCUUUUGAAGUUAACAAGAUAAAGGAUAAUGAAUUAAUCAAAGCGCUACCGAAUUUCGAUGAAAUGAAAACCUCCGAUGUGGAAGCUGGAUUCAAUCGCAGCAAACAAAACUUAUUUGUAUCCAUCUUUCAAAGAGAUGAUUCAAUAAUAAGAAUCAAAGCGUUUGAUAACGACUUUUUUUGUUUCACGAUUGGUGAUUUUAUUCAAGACGAUUCAAUGUCACUUGAAUUUGUACAUGGAGAAAACAUUUCAGAUAUCCUCUUUGAUUAUGGAACAAAAGGAGUUCGAAUUGAUUGGAUUAAAAAGACAUUUCGAUUGCUAGACUUUGAAGUUGCUGUUAAAACUUACUACAGUCGAUUCGCUAAAUUCAUUGUAGAGUUUCCGUCUGAUUCCAGUCCCUUCUCCUGUUAUUUGGAAGACAAAUAUGCAAAAUUGCCUGAGCAUGUUCCGGAUGAAGAGUCACUUAUCCUUGAAUCCAAUGGUAAAUUCAUUGUAAUUGGUAAAACUAAAGACGAGGAGUGGUUUGGUCUUUUCCCAGUUACACAUGAAAGUUGGCUCGAUUUUUAUGAUGACUCUUUUAAAGCCACUGUUCUGGACAAUGUUAUUUAUGUACUGACAGAGGAUCUCGAAUUUAUCCAAUUUAAUUACACAACUAAAUGUUUCAUCAAGAGUGAACCAUUUAAAAAGGAGGAAUUCGAUUUCGAUGAUUUAAUUUUAACUUCUCAUCAAUCAAAUGAUGAUAGAUUAAUCCUGGUCGACAAAUCAACUAGAAAAGUUCUUGUUUUUUGCACUUAUGAGGAGGAAUGGAGUGAAAAAUGCUGCAUUAUGAAUGUAAACUUUUGUUCCAACAGCUCCGGCUCUUCGGUUAAUAAAUUAGUCGCCUUCACUUCAACAUGCUUACCGAUGCCAGUUAUUGAACCUUUGUAUAAGCAUAUCGAUGAUUAAUUUUGAACUAUCAUCUGUACCACGCUAUUCUGAUUUUAUUCAGUGUUGCGAAUUCAUUUUUCUAUAAAUUAAAUG